UUGCUGGGCUUUCGUCGGAGCUGAGCAGCCUUGCAGCAGCAGGUUAGCUCUUUAAAACCGAGCGAGCUCUGCUAGCUACACAUCAACAGCAUAUCCAGAGAAGAUGCGAAGUCGCUUAAGUUUUUAACUGUUCCACCCGCCUCCAGCGCUUUUAAGCCUGAGGACACUGUUAUGGUUUCGGAGAAUGGAAACGGACGACGUGUCGGUUAGAGAGCAACUUUUCCACAACCGUGUCCGGGAGACUAUAAUCUGUGUUCUCCUGUUUACUUGCCUUUACAUGCUGUCCUACCUCAUCCUUAACCAAUUCAGGAAGACGGCAGAGUUUGUCACAGAUGAUGUUGAAGAUGCCACUGUCAACAAAAUUGCGCUGUGGCUGUGCACAUUCACCCUGUCUGUCGCAGUCUGUGCUGUGCUCCUUCUCCCCAUUUCCAUUCUGUCCAAUGAGGUGCUGCUCACCUUCCCACAGAGCUACUACAUGCAGUGGCUCAACGGAUCUCUUAUUCAUGGUACAUCUGUCCACACCAAACAUCAAAUAGAGAUCUAUAUCAUCAUCUCUGUGCUUCUCUCCUCAGUGUGCACUCCCUUAGGGUUGUCACGAAUGUUCAGUGUAACGGGCAGCCUGCUAGUCAAACCACGGCUGCUGGAAGAUGUUGAAGAUACUCUGAGCUGCACCACAUUUGAGGAAGACUCUCUCUCCAGGAAAAUCAACUGUGGCAGUACAUCCUGCUGGGUCAAGCUGAACAUGGAGGCUCUGAAGAAAGAGUACCAAGCCGUCCAGAGUAAGCGCGUCGCCCUGGAGAUGCGGAGGAAAGCGUCCCCAUGGCAGCGGAACCUGGGCUACCCGCUUGCAAUGCUUGUGCUUCUUGCACUGACGGUGAUGUGUGUACUGAUGGUCUGUUUCAACGUGCUGGAGUUGCUACUGGAUGAAACAGCCAUGCCCAGAGGAAUGGAGGACCCUCACCUUGGGAUGGCCUCCUUUUCGAUGUUUGGCUCACUGGGUGCUGCUGUUCAAGUAGUUCUCAUUCUUUAUCUGAUGGUGUCCUCAGUGGUGGGCUUCUAUAGUUCCCCUCUCUUCACUGGCCUCCUGCCUCGUGCACAAGACACCAACCUCACACAGAUAAUCGCCAACUGUGUUUCACUGCUUAUCCUGAGCUCUGCACUGCCGGUGUUUUCACGCACUCUUGGGAUCACCCGUUUCGACCUACUGGGAGACUUUGGUCGAUAUAACUGGCUUGGGAACUUCUACGUUGUAUUUCUAUACAACAUGCUGUUUGCUGGCCUCACCUCUGCCUCCCUGAUAAAGACGGUCACCUGGGCAGUACAAAGAGAGCUCAUCCGUGCCUUUGGUCUCCACAGACUACCUUUAACUGUGUCACGCUCCACCGUCCCCUUCAGGCUCCUCCUGGCCAGUGGAUUGUCUAAAAUCCAGUGACUUUUUUGUUUCUUCUUCUCACGACUGCCUUUCCUAAACUAUAAAAACUGAGCCAUUUCAGAGGUGUACCCGGUGGAUUAAAGGCAUUCACAGGUCAGUCUCUUUGCCAGCUGGUACAUGGAUCAGGUCACCACGUGUGAAGAGACUGAAGAAUGUGAGUCUGUUUGCAAUGUGUCCAGUGGGAGCACCGCUUGAUGCUGUGUUCAGUGACCAAUAUAUCAGGGUCCAAGUUUAUACUGCUUUUUGACUGCAAAGGCAAAUACUGGUACAAGUGGUUACCGAGUCACAGGUGUGACUGGAUCAAGGGGAAAAGGGAUUUAAGCCAUAUUAGCAACGAUAAGAGAGCAAUACCCCCUGCAAAGUCACGCCUUGUAAAAAGUGGAUCCUUUAGCAGCCGUUUGUCUGACACAUGUGAAAGUCAGCAGAGUUAUUUUGAAAUAUUGCAUUGUAGCUGUGACAUAAUUUCCUCUUCCUCCUUCAGGUCGACUGAGUGCUCUCUCUUUCUUUGCGGCUUCCCCACGCCUUCCUCUUUAAGUACCACCACUAUUUUAAGAUUGGAAGAUCUUCUACUUCCAUGUGUUUGGAUGUUCCAGUCUGCACCAGUGUUAUGUUGGUUAAUAAAAGGAAGUCGUUAGUGGGGAGCCGAUGGGACAGAGAGCAGUUCAGUUGUCUGUGGAUCUGCGGGUUACACACAGGGAAUGUGAGGUUGACGUGAUGGUCUCAGUGUUGGAGCUCUUUGUUUGUCUUUUACACACUGAGGUUACCUGUAGGAUUAAGAGCAUUUUGUAUGACGGCUUGACUUUACACAAAAAAGCAAAAACAAAAAACUGAAAGCUUUACACUUUGUCUUAUAAAAUGUAUUUGAAUGCCAUGUGACACUCACUAGUGGGAAUUCGCUGCCUUAAAGAAACAAUCAAACUGUGAAUCAUUAAGCAUUUGUGUGGGGAAAGUGCAAUAUUGUAUAUGUAAAAGCACACUUUUUAACUUUAGCAAAAGUUAUGUUUUCAGUUAAUUUCCUGUGAUGUUUAUUUUGCUUCAUCUCAUUCCUCUGUGUCGGAAACUGGAGUGAACGCAUCAGAUAAUGUCAGAAUAUUUUGGGACAGCAAUGUGGCCGUCAGGCUUUUUUUAGAGGUUAGAUCAUCUACUGUCAGCGUUAUCUCAUCAUCUGAUAUGUGUUUGUGAUCCUGUGUCACAGGUUACUUUUGCUGCUGUAUCAGCAGGUUAUUUGCUGUUGGUUUGACCAGCAGGGGACACUAUCUCUUAAGUCCAAUGGCAAUAUAACCCCUAACUCUCUGGUUAGUUAUUAUAUGCAUUAUAUGUGGACAACUCUGAGGUUUACUCAUUUCACUUGUUCUGAAAAAGUUCUUAUGGAUUUUUCGGGCAUCGUGUGUUGUUUUUAUUAUUUAUGGUUGUUUGGGAAUCCAUACUUUACAUUUUGAUUUAUUACUACUCUCUUUUCAAACAGUUAAAGAAAAUGUUUAGUUGUUCUGAAAGAUUUCGAAAAGAAAACUUGAAAUAUUGUUGUUUCAGAUUUUCCUACAUACUACUUUUUUAAACUAUUAUGUGAAUGUUUUUGAACGAUAAUCAAUAAAAAUGUGUUUUUGACUUC